AUGCUAGGCGCCGACAUUAUGAUCGAAUCGCUGGUACGACAUGGCGUAGAAGUACUCUUCGCUUAUCCCGGCGGUUGCAGUAUGCCUUUGCACCAGGCGUUGACGCGUUACAAGGACAAGAUCCGCACGAUCCUGCCUCGUCACGAACAGGGUGGCUGCUUCGCCGCCCAAGGCGUCGCUCGCUCGACUGGCAAAGUGGGGGCCGCUAUGGCUACCAGCGGUCCCGGGGCAACGAACCUUGUGACUGCGAUUGCCGAUGCCAAGCUCGACAGCAUUCCGCUGAUCGCCAUCAGCGCCCAGGUGCCGCGUGCAGUGAUCGGAUCGGACGCGUUCCAGGAAACGCCGAUCGUGGAAGUUUGCCGUGGUAUCACCAAGCACCAUUAUCUCGUGACCGACAUCAAAGACUUGUGUCGGAUCAUGAAGGAAGCUUUCCAUAUCGCUACGACCGGUCGCCCUGGUCCUGUGCUGAUCGAUAUCCCGAAAGACGUUCAGCUCGAACAAACGGUUCCAGAUUGGGACUGCGAAAUGAACCUGCCUGGCUACAACAUCCAGUCGCGUCUGGCCAAGCCGGAACAGAUCCGUCAGGUUGCCGCCGCCAUCAAGCGUGCCAAGCGUCCGAUCAUCUACGCCG